CCCUCCAUUUAUUUACUUUUUGUGUAACCAACACUUCACACAUCCAGAAUGUAAAUAAACAAAUAAAUACUGAAAAGUAAAUUGGCUUUAAAUCCUUAAUAAAUGUCUAUCUACAUACGUAGAACGUUCACCCUUAAUCUUGCACAGCGUCUUACAUAUCUACAUAAGUAAACCAGUUGAAAUGGAGACGCGACAAAUACUACCGGAGGCUCAAUUAGAAACAUCACAUCCUUCUGAACCAAAAGACUCCAAUUUACCGAUGCUACAAGCUUUAACAAAUCCUGUGAUUCUCCAAGAAAUUUUAAAAUAUGUCAGCGUUAAACACAUUCGUCUCGCCUCUAAACUAUGGAAUGACGCCAUUUUCUCACUGCCCGAGCCAAAACUUAGUUUAUCUUUGGACCUUGGAGAAAGAAACCACACAUUUUGCAAUUCCACUUCUUUUCAAAAAUUUGUUACCAAUAUGAAUCCCAAGUUGGCUCGUCGUAUCGACAUACAAGAACAAUGCAGAUGUCCAGGAGGUCAAAAAAACCACAUUGCACAGUCCUCCUCAUUUCCCCCAAUAAUAUUUGGGUUGCCCGAAUUUUGUACAAAAUUCAGUGAACAUAUCACAGUCUUCAAGGUCAUUGGGGGUUUAAUUUACGUUUAAUUCCCGUGCUUCACAAUAUAUUCCUCCAUUCAUGUCCAAAUUUUACCCGAGUGGAUAUCUGCAUUUUGGAAGAUGAUAACCUUCCAACCGAGUUGACAAGCAUUUCUGGGGCUCUUCAACAACUAUCUAUUCCGAUAAAAUCUAAAUUGAAAUCCAUGAUAAUUCACGUCCCUCCAAAUCCAAUUUCACACAGUUUACCACAACAACUCCUUGCCUCAUCACCAGCAUUAGAGAAACUCCGCAUUCUAGCAAAUUGGUAUCCUCACUUGAAUGCAAAUCCUAACCUGCGUUCCAUUUAUUAUACCGGUACGACUGAAGCAAGCCUGAAUUUAGAGGACUUGUCCAGAAUGUUGUGUCAAGUGUCAUUUUCUCUGGAACGCCUUGAGCUAGCUCUGUUCAACGAGGAUGGAAUUCCUUUAGUGGGGUUGGCAAUACUUGAAUCAGCAAACCUAAAUUUGUCUCUACCUCUGUUGCCAAAAUUGGACUAUUUAAAGUGUCACAGUGUCGAUAUAUUUUUUAGAAAUACUGAUGGUAGAAUUCCCAGUGAAAAAAUGCCAGUUUUGAAAACUCUGAAUAUUUCUAAUUUGCAUGGGAGGCAGGGAGACGAUUUACUCAAUUACAUCUUUAAACCUGGAGUUAGAUUUGAUUCUGUCAAGACAUUGGCAGUCGAUGGCGUGAUGCAUCCCGAACCUUUGGCCGCUCUGCUGAAGUCAACAACAUUUCCAGCCCUACAACAACUCCACGUUUCAGUGUGUGCUGGUUCUGAUAAUGAGCAGGCUCAAAGAGAUUUGAUUUCCCGUAGAGAUCGUUUAUUGGAAGAAUUUUUGAAAUCUUGUGUCCAUCCAAAAUUAAAAUAUCUAAAAAUAUUGACCCAGUUUCCUGAGAAAAUGACGACGUUUAUAUCGUGUCUCGAGAACGGAAGCGACAUUUCUAAAAACUUGAAGACAUUGACCAUACAAAAUUAUGGUAAUAGCGAAUUUGACGAUGACCUUCGAAAUGGUGGAUACAGAUCUUUCGAACUCGUUUCCAACUUUAAGAAGAUCCUCUUGCGCAUUGGAAAAUUGACCAGAGUCACCAUAUCUGGAAUUAAUUUGUGUGGGGAAUCGGCCCAAGAAAUUGUGACAUUUAUCGACAACAAUAAACUCUCAAUCAAAUUUGAAGACUAUUGUACUGGAUGAAGCGAAAUUUGUUAGAAUUUCCAAAUCACAAAUGAUGUCAACCUGUCAAAAAAGCAACCGCCACCCAUCGAUAACUCCAACGGCACGCAGGACUUGAGAUACUUGUCGAACCAUUUCCCCCUCUUUUUCAUUUUGGCCCUGUUCACAAAUUCCACGGACGCCAGGUAAGGACGACACAGCGCCUUGAACAAGAGAUGGAUGACGACAAAAAAGUCCAUGACCAUCACGAUGAAGAAAAUCGCAACGGGCGGGGGCAUCUCGUGAAUGGAACUGAUCACCAAAUACAAUGAUGUUAUUUCUACCAUCAUCACACCCCCGACUAUCAUCGACAUGAACGGCUUCCUCAUCACAGAUCCGUGCAAGUUCGACAUGGACUGGACAAUUCGAUAUUUAAUUGCAGUGGAGUAUAGGGAUGCAGAAUUUUUCAAUUCCCUAAAAAUAAAAAAAAUAGGUACGUUUCAUAAGGAUGCAAUUUCAGUUCGAAGUUUAUAAAAUCAAAAACUUCAAAAUCGUGGAAAACAUUUAUAUUCACAUGAAUUUAUAUGCAAAAAUGCGUACCUAUCGACAAGAUCAAUCCACAUUUCUUCAACAACAGGAGGAUACACAACAAGCCCCACUAAUCCGAUCGUUACUGCAUUUGCCAGGCUAGUAAACAAAGUUAUGAGCUCAAAAAGAGCGAUACCAACUCUCAAAGAAACGGAUGCUCCACCCACACUGCUCCAGGAUUUGCAUUCCAACAGACCCAUGCUGAAAAAGGGUGGCAUACACGGUCUUAUAAAUGCCAAGAAGGACAUGACGAACGGUAAUGUUGUCGAGGUGAGGAGAAACAUGACGCAAAUUAGGACAGGUGUCACUCUAACCCGAGUCGGGUGAGACUUGCUUGACAAUUUUUCCAACUCCACGGCACGUUCGAUAAGCUCCUUUGUCUCAUCUUGCCUCCAAGCCAAGAUGAACUUGGUGACGAAGACAAAGCCGUAGCAACCGAGGAAGUAGAACAUCAUGAUGGACUUCCACAAUGGCUGCUCAGAUUCCUGAGCGUAAAGCCACUCCAAGAACAUGAGGAUGUGAAAUAAUUCAUUCAGAAGGGACAAAAUGAAGCAGGUGAAAUGAAUCCAAGAUUUUGAGCAGGUCGAGUUUUGCCCCGAUUUUCGGUAGAUUACUGGAAAAGUGUGGCACAUUGUGCAAAUGGAAAGGGCACGGAUGAACAGGGUGCUGUAUGAGGAGGGGAGAAAAGAUGAGAAUCUCAUUUUCCUCGAUAACAGUGUCCUGAUCUAUGUGGUCAUAAGUAGUGGGACGAGUUUUCUUAUUCCACCGGAACAGUUCCAGUCGAUGCUAAGUUUUGAAGGGAAAUGUCUCGAAUAUUCAGUUCGACAUGUCGCUAAAAUCUAACGGCUUGAAAUAUUCCUUGGUCGAGUGCUAUUAUGUAUGUAUACAAAGGUCAAUACGAUGAUAAUAAAGGUGACUUCUAAAUUAA